GACCCAGCAGUUCGCAGGGCGAGGGGGGGAGGAGUCCAAAAAUGAUUGGCAGGAUUUUCUGGAGGCACGGCGGAGCGAGUAAUCUGGCAAACUGACCACAACCACACCGCCUAUCCCGACGAGAGAAACCUAAGAUUUAUUUUUUUCGCGAAUUCCGUUCCAGUUCGGCCACUAUUUCUUCUCGAAUGUCUAAAAAUCGGCGGGAAGGCGGUAUCUGCAGACUUAUAUCACCGAUGCUCGUUCAACAGAUCGCCUUACGGAGUGGAUAAUGCUUAAGAUGAGGCUGCCGGUGAGAGCGGCGGAGGAGGGGGGCGACACGGCCGACGGGGAGCGACGGGAAAGCGGCGAGUGUGGCACGAACUGCCCGUUCGGUUCCGCUUUUAGCUCCGCCGCUUGUAACGGGUCCGAGGAGCCGAGCAGCAGGAGACGGAGCCGCCCGCUGCAGCUCGAACUCGACAAGGAGGCGGUGUUCGAGUGGUUCGGUCUGCGCCUGAGCCCGGCCAAGCGAGUGGAGUUCAUGUGCGGUCUCCUCCAUAUGUGCCAGCCGCUCGAACUCCGCUUCCUGGGCUCUUGUCUGGAGGACUUGGCCCGAAAAGACUUCCACGUCCUGCGGGACUUCGAGGCGCGGGCGAACAGCCCCGCCGACCUGGCGCUGCUGACGGACGUGGCCGACCCCGUCGUGUUUUCCAGGCUGCUGGUCUGCCUGUCCCUGCUGGGCUCCAAGAACAGGGAGUGUGCGGGGAUACUGUACCGGACGUUGAGCCAUAUGGACGUGUUGCAUAUAGGGAGCUGUGGGGUGCCUUACUCGGGGCUCCACCCCGGCCAGCCCAGCUGUGAGGCCGGACUGGAGGAGGCAGCGGAGCCGGUGACUCUGGAGCAGCUGGCUUUGCUCUUCACCAUGGCCUCCUUACACCCGGCGUUCACUUUCCACCAGCGGGAGGUUGUCAGAGCUCAACUGGAACGCGUGGAGGCGUUAAUGGAGGAGAGGAGGGCGAACCAUGGAGGCUCCAAAACUCAAACACUGCAGAACGAGUUUUCUCGGCCGGACUACCUCUGUUCACACACUGAGGGGAGCAGAAUGUGGUCACCAUGUCCUGGUCCAGUCCAGCACCUCAGCGGCAUGCCUCAGAGGCAAGUGUUGCACAUUGAGAAGAUCAUACUUAAGGAGAUCUCUCUAGGAGGGGACUGCAGACAGUACUGUUUUGAGGUGAAUUGGUCAGACUCCUCGUCUACUGCUGUGACCAAAAGUCACCGUGAAUUACAGGACUUUCUGUCGAAGCUGAAUAAGGAGCAAGGCUCAACUGGCUUGGAGCAGAGCAUUGUGGGUUUACUGAAUCAGGCUGAGGGUGAGCACAGAGACCUGGAGAGAAUGCUCAGGGAGAUGUUUUUGUCCGUGCCGCAGGAGUUUCUUCAGAUGUGCCAGGUUUCUGGGUUUUUCCCGCCUGAUGUGUCUUCCCUGCACUGCAGCCACUGCAACAGCGCACCUGGAGCCAGAAUGCGACAGCCAGCUCCUCGCUUCUCAGAGGACUGCUCAGAGACCUCCAGCCUGGAGGAGGAUGUUGAUGCCUUUGGAGUCUCCUGCUCGAGGAACCUUACACACAGUGUCAGAAAUACAGGACACAGUAAGCAGCAGCCAGAGGUCAGCCAGUGGGAGUGCAGCAGAAGGAGUGUCCACAGUGAGAUGAAUGGAGAGGUGAAAGGGAGGAGGCGAAGCUCCCAGCAGAGUGGGGCGGAGCCACAGCAGGAGCGUGAGAACCCAGCAGUUUGUGUGUCCACUCAGAACUGCUCAGAGGAGAGGAACGCAAUGAAGAACAAAGGGAGGCCGCCAGGCAAAAGGUGUGUGUUUUUCAGGGAAAGAGGCAGGAGAGGCACAGCUGUGAAAAGCUCUGUAGCCAAUGGGAUUCAGCGAGCGCCUGCUGUUCAGAUGAUGACCCAGGCCGUGUGUAAGGCCACAGGCAGGGACACUUAUGGAGAAACAUCAUCAGAAAGCUCCAACUCUGUGCCGUCUAGCCCUGUUCAUCACCAGCGCAGCCUGGAGACCCAAGACACAGAGAGUCAGUCGGAUAACUCUGCCCAGGAUCUGGCAGACAAAUCCCACCUUCCCAAGGCUGCAGGACGGAAGGCAGUUGCCAUGGUGAACCCACUGGUGGCAGAGCCGGACCGGCCGUGCCCGGACGUCCCACGCUCCUCGGCUGUGGUGGAGCUGGCCCUGAGCUCCUGCCUCCCCUACGCCCUGCAGUACAGCCCUGCACACAGAGAUGUAGGAAAACCUGGAGAGAGCAAACUAACCAUCACCAUUCCCCUGACCAAGCAGGACCGCAGGUACACCCGGCAAGCCUCUGGGGGCCCAGUGGAGACCCCUGCCACCCCCCAGCCACAGCAGCUCCCCAUGGGUGCCAUCAGUGUGCUCUCACCCACCCAGUGCCCCUUGCAGCCAGCCUGCCCAGAAGCGGCCCAACACCAGUCUCAGGUUCCAUCCACCAUCGCUUCUCCUGCAGCGAAGGCCAGGGUCGCUGGCCAGCCCCUGCCCCACCACGCCUCGUCCAACCAAACGACUGGUCCCGGACCACUACUUCCUGCGUCCCUCACCCACAGCACGGCUCAGAGCGAGACACCUUCGUCUUACAUUAACAGUGUCAGCGCCUGCACUGGUCCCUGCACUCCCCUCCCAGCUCAGACCCACUCACACACGCAGCCGCAGACACAACCCACCGUCCAGCAGCAGCAGACGGGCUGCAAUGCCUGUGGUUGUCGUGGCAGCUGUGGAGGCAGCGGAGCCCACCAGUCAGCCAAUCAGUCACACAACUUCUUCCUGCCACCCCACGGAGCCCGCCAGGUGUUCGGCCCACCUCCUCCAUUUUUCCACCUUGCUCCAUCGUUGUGCAGCACCGCCGCCUUCCCCAGCCAGGCCCACCAGAACAACGGGACGCCUCCCCUGCCCUUCUAUGCCCAUGCCUCACCCACCGCAGCCUUUGCAGGCUCUGCCCUACUCCAUGCCCACUCAGACCACCUGCUGGCCGCUCAGCCGGGAUAUGCCCUGCCCCAGGUGGGGGCGUUCGGCCGCCUCUACCCACCCCUCUUUCCCCCGGUGGGCGUGGUGCCCGGAGGGGCGGGGCUGAAGAAGGGCGGAACAGUGUCCUGCUAUAACUGCGGCAUGAGUGGCCACUACGCACAGGACUGCAAGCAGCCGUCCAUGGAUGCUGGGCAGCCAGGUGGCUUCCGGCUUAAGUACGUUGCCCCACACUCGUCGGAAGCACUAGACAAAGCUGAUUGACAGCAGAGGACCAUGGAAGCACUCUGUUUCACUUUCCAGCUGUUCCCUGUAGUAAAGAGGCCAGAACCCCCUUGUUAAAAGCGAUGUGAUUUUUGUGUUAUUUGUAUUAGGCAUCUUUAUAAGAUUCUUGAGUUAGAGAUUGUGGAAAAACCGGCCCCAAACUAAGGCAAAUUUAUUUGUUUGUUUUUCCCUCAAAAGCUUUUCAGUGUAGUUUCAGUCAUUCAUGAAGGCAUAAACAAAAGGACACUAGGGCUUCUGUAUGAAGACUGAAUGAUUUAAUUUUAAUGUGACUGAAUAGGUUGGAUGCCAAGAGCAGUUUGUUGUAUGCUUCCAUAUCUUAUUUAUCCAUAUAUGAUCAUAUUUCAACUGAAAUUCUCACGUUUCAGCCAAGAAUAGGAGGGAGGAGUUAUUGUGAAUCUUAACUUGAGUAUUUAGUAGCCUCUACUUUUUGAAAUGGACACAUUUUAUAGAGGCCCAAGGAAGAGUUUCAGAAAUUUUUAUACUUGCUACGAGCAGCUAAUAAGAGCUAAAAAAAAACAAAAACAAACUGUAUUUACUGUUUAUUUCAUUUACAUAUUUUUGUUUUCUUUUUUUGGAGACCAUUUUCUUUUCUGAUAGUUACAGAAGAUUAAUUUUUUUGGUAAGAAAUACAUAAUUACACUUUUUCUUUUUCAAUGUGAGUGUUUUGAAUGUAAACUGUAUAACUACACUAGUCAGAUAUACUGUGAACUGGUCUGAGUUGAACAUUAUACUUUGGUCAUUCUGUUU